AACGGCGAGGCCUGUCAGCGUCCGCUCAGGAGCAUAAUGGCCGCGCCCGACGUAAUUUCCGGCUAAGAUCGGAAGUGCGAGAGAAAACCGGGGAGCGCCUGGGUCAAGAUGGCGGCGGGCCCCAUCUCGGAGCGGAAUCAAGAUGCCACCGUCUACGUGGGCGGCCUGGACGAGAAGGUCAGCGAGCCGCUCCUAUGGGAGCUCUUCCUCCAGGCGGGCCCCGUGGUCAACACUCACAUGCCCAAAGACCGUGUCACGGGCCAGCACCAAGGCUACGGGUUCGUGGAGUUCCUCAGCGAAGAGGACGCUGACUAUGCUAUCAAGAUUAUGAACAUGAUCAAACUCUACGGGAAGCCCAUCCGGGUCAACAAGGCCUCGGCCCACAACAAGAACCUGGAUGUGGGUGCCAACAUCUUCAUUGGCAAUCUGGAUCCGGAGAUUGACGAGAAGCUGCUGUACGACACAUUUAGUGCCUUCGGGGUCAUCCUGCAGACCCCGAAGAUCAUGCGUGACCCUGACACGGGCAACUCCAAGGGUUACGCCUUCAUCAAUUUUGCCAGCUUUGAUGCCUCAGAUGCCGCCAUUGAGGCGAUGAACGGACAGUACCUGUGCAACCGCCCCAUCACCGUCUCCUACGCCUUCAAGAAGGAUUCCAAGGGGGAGAGGCACGGCUCUGCCGCUGAGCGCCUCCUCGCGGCACAGAACCCCCUCUCCCAGGCCGACCGGCCGCACCAACUCUUUGCAGAUGCCCCGCCCCCACCCUCGGUGCCCACGCCAGUGGUUACUACCUUGGGACCGGGGGUUACUCCUCCAGGCAUCCCCCCACCUGGAUCGUUUCCUCCACCAGUACCACCUCCGGGAGCUUUGCCACCAGGAUUGCCUCCAGCUAUGCCACCUCCACCCAUGCCACCAGGGGCAGGUGCCCCAGGACCUCCCUCCACAGGAGCCCCCGGGGGGGCGCAUCCUCCCCACCCACAUCCUUUCCCUCCUGGUGGGAUGCAUCCAGGUAUGCCGCAAAUGCAAGUCCAUCAUGGAAUGCCCGGGAUGGGCCCACAUCACCCUGGACCCCCAGGGGCAGGGGGACAGCCACCUCCACGCCCACCCCCAGGCAUGCCCCAUCCUGGGCCACCCCCCAUGGGCAUGCCACCUAGGGGACCUCACUUUGGAUCGCCAAUGGGUCAUCCUGGUCCCAUGCCACCUCAUGGGAUGCGUGGGCCGCCUCCCUUGAUGCCACCCCAUGGAUACAAUGGUCCCCCUCGGCCCCCUCCCUACAGCUACCAGCGCAUCCCUCUGCCGCCUCGUCCUGCCCAACGGCCCAUGGUACCCCCACGGGGACCUAUGCGGGGGCCUCUCCCUCCCUAGGCUACUAGGGAGUCGCUAGCCCGCCUGAAAAAACAGCCACUUCCUGUGGGUCUCCCUUUUUCUGGGUUUUGUUUUGCGAGGGGGGGGGAACAAACAUUCCAGAAAGCAGCAUCUCCCUCUUUAUUGAAAAACAUGCUCAUGUCUUCGGCAGUAUUGAGGGUUUGCUCAUCCUAUUAUUAACUGUGUUCCUUUAAACAAAAGCAGGUUUUUCACUUUCCCCUUUUUUUAAUAAUCCUGUUUGUGAAAUGCAACUGAAAAACUGUUUUGAAAUAAAAAAUGAGAAGGUU